UCCAAGUACGCUUCUUCUUCUAUAUAAAACGGGGCGCGUGCCACCUUUCGCCAGGCACACACAGUUUCCAGGCGGUUCUUCCCCUUCAGAGAAAGAAGGCGCAUCGUGAGACACAGAGGCAAUGGCGUCGGCGACGUUCCUGGAGGUGCUCCUCGCCAUCUUCCUCCCGCCGGUCGGCGUCUUCCUGCGCUACGGCUGCGGCGUGGAGUUCUGGAUCGACCUCUUGCUGACCGUACUGGGGUACAUUCCGGGGAUCAUCUACGCCUUGUACGUGCUGGUGGCUUAAGUGAGCCGACGGCGAGGACUCCGCGGCGGGGACGAUGGCCGUUGUGCUUGGAGGACAUGUAUGUAUGCAAGAGAAGAGUGAGCAGAGGAUUCUGCUGUGUCCAAAACUAGUGGUGUGUGACUUGUCCCAGCGUGCCUCUGUGUCUCGAUUAUGUGAAUUAGGAGUGACGAUCGGUGGAUGGUGUUGAAUGUGUGUUGGUACUGCGAGCAAAGUUGUGUAAUUCGGGGGUGUAAUUUGUAUCCGAGCAUUGUUUGUUUGUUGUUUCUUUCUUUGAUCAGAAGAUAGCACUGCAAUUUGCUCGAA